GGCGGCGCCCUACCCGCCGCACGCAUGGCCCGCCCCCGCGCCGCACGGCUACCCGCCGCACCCCGGGAUGCCGCCUGCUGGGUACGGGUACUACCCGCCGACGGGCCGCAGCCCGAGCCGGAGCAGCAGUAGUCGAAGUCGCCGCGGCCGCGGCGGGCAGCGGGGGGGCCAGAAGCGCAGGCAGGGCAAGGGGGGGGGCAAGGACGGCGGCCCUGCGACCAAGACCGCCCUCUCCAAGCAGAUGACGAAGACCAAGAUGUGCGACUUCCACGCGCAGGGGAAGUGCACACGUGGAGCACAGUGCUCGUUUGCCCACAGCCAGGAGGAGCUCCAAGCAAUGCCCGAUCUUAGAAAGACGCGAAUCUGCCGCGCCUUCACCCAGGGCAAGUGCAACGACGCGAACUGCAAGUUUGCGCACGGCACGGAGGAACUCCGCGAGACGGGGCUGUGCUACAAGACGCAGCUCUGCACCUGGCACGAGAAGGGUAAGUGCGAGAGCGGAAGCAGCUGCCAGUUCGCCCACGGCGUGGAUGAGCUGCGGGCCCACGGGGGAGACCCCGACGCGCCCGACAGCGGCGUCGUGCCCAAGGCGAAGCCGCAGGCCAAGGCCAAGGGCGCCGGGAAGGGCGGCCGGCGGGGGCGCCCGCAGAAGAGGAAAGCCGAGGAAGGCAGCGGCUCUGAAGACGUGGACCAGCGACAGCCCAAGUCUGCCAGGGUGGAGUCUGCGGAGUGCCCGCGGUGCGGCACCACCAUGGCGACCGGCCUGGGCAUCCGGGCCUGCGUGCUCUGCAGGUGCUGAGGCUGCGCCCCAACGCGCACGCCGGCGGGCGACGCCCCGUGCGAGGCAGCCUUCGUUUGCGUGGAUCAUGCUGUCCAGGUGGCGAUCUGACCUUUGCGUGAGGGGCGGGCGCGCGAGAUCUGGUUGUAGAUCGGGGCCGUCCUGGAUGGCGAACGAUGGGCGACGCAGG